AUGUUUUGUCAUGAAGAAUUUAUUGUGUUGAUUGCUUGUAAAAUGCAACACAACAAGCAUAUUGAAUCAAAUACAGAUUUUUCUCAUAACCAUUUUCAUCCAGUAAAUCAUCUUGGUAUGGUCAGCCUGUGGUCUCUGGCUGUGGUAGCCUUAGAAAGAUGGUUGGUUGUCUGCAAGCCACUAGGAACCUUCAUCUUCAAACCAAACCAUGCCAUAGCUUGCUGCGCUCUAACUUGGGUCUUUGCUUUGAUGGCUGCGAUUCCUCCUCUGGUUGGCUGGAGUAGGUACAUCCCGGAGGGUAUGCAGUGCUCCUGUGGACCAGACUGGUACACAACUGACAACAAGUUCAACAACGAGUCCUAUGUGAUCUUCCUCUUCUGCUUCUGCUUCUCUGUCCCCUUCUUCACCAUCGUUUUCUGCUACUCACAGCUGCUCUUCAUGCUGAAAUCGGCAGCGAAGGCUCAAGCUGAGUCUGCCUCCACCCAGAAGGCAGAGAAGGAGGUGACCAGGAUGGUGGUUGUCAUGGUGAUGGGCUUCCUGGUGUGCUGGAUGCCCUACGCUUCCUUUGCUCUCUGGAUUAUUAACAACCGAGGGCAGCCAUUCGACCUGAGACUGGCCACCAUACCCUCCUGUCUCUCUAAAGCCUCCACAGUCUACAACCCUGUUAUUUACAUCCUCCUCAAUAAACAGUUCCGCUCAUGCAUAAGGAAGAUGGUGGGGAUGAGUGGAGGUGAUGACGAGGAGUCAUCGACAAGUCAAUCGGUUACUGAAGUCUCUAAAGUCGGACCUGGUUAG